AUGUCCUCUGAGCUACAGUUGUUACCAAACGGCGGUGAGAGUGGCGGUGGUCACCGCACUCGAGAGGAACGUCUGAAGGCUGUUCAUCCAAGUGGAGAGUCUAGUGGGCGCGCUGUUGGUGCGACUGGGGUCCUUGGCGUCGAGCGACGUGUUGGCAUCGAGAAGGAUUUGAAGCAGUCACCGGAGCUAUUCAUAUCCCCUGUGAACAUGCUUCUCUUCUGGUUGAAUGAGCGGAGGAUCGGGCCGUUUUAUUAUUACGGUGAGAGUGCCUCCUCGAACGGGGGCCUGCCAGACGCGGACUCGGCGGCUACAAAGGCGAGUGACACUCACGCGGUAGGUGUCGGGAAGGACUGGAAGGAGUUGGAGAAACGGCUGAAUUUGACUGAUGAGCAGAAGACGCAGUUACAGCAGAUAGAGGAGAUCGUAGCUCAGGAGAAGCAACAAACACUGAGCUGUCUUCGUCCUAUUGAGCACAUGAAACGAGCCCUCAGUAUCAGGGCUUAUAGUAUGCAGAAGUGUGUCGAGAAUUUACGAGGGAUGUUGUCGCCGGCGCAGGCUGCUCGAGUUGUCCUGUGGCUCUGUGACCAAGCCUCUAACAAGGAUGAGAUGCAGCAAAUAGAGCAGGAGUUGUUUCCAGGAGUUACCAUGGCAUCGAGUGCUAACUUGUCAACUCAGGAGUCUAUUCAUCGUGAACAAACCAUGCAGAUUGCUCGAGACAAUAUGUUGUCUAUGAAUGACUCGGAGAGCCCGCCUGGUGAAGAGCUCGAGGAUGAGUCUGUGAACUCUCAUUCUGAUGUUGCUCAGUUUGGCGCUUUCUGA